CUGGUGGGAAGCGUUCAAUUGCCCCUUGCUUCACGGAACCGAUGAAAGCACCCCCCUCCCACUCAAUCUUCCGCAUCUAUGCUUCUCUCUACUUUCCCUCUUCCCCAUGAUGGGCAUUCGGAAAGCUCUUCGAUGUCCUACUCUCCCAACGUAGUCGCUCAACACACUCUGUUUGAUCCGCCUUCACAGCUGGUUCGGGAUGGCUGUGCGUCGGACCAAACGUCUAUCUUCCUAUUUGUUAGCGGGCUUGGCCAAGGUUUUCACCUUCUCCCAACUUCACCUCCUCUCUCUGGCAAUGCCGUCUUUGUCACGCGGCUUUGCUGUUAGCUGUUAACGGCAGCAGGACUUAUACCCUCAAUUCUUCGCUCCAGCAUCCACUGCCUCCAUAAUCUAUUCAUUUAUCUCCUCCAAUUUACUUUCAAUUCGGACGACCUUUCCCCAUGCAUUUUCGUGUGCGUCGUUCACGAACGUUGGAGUAUUUGCUUCAAUCGUCCCUCUCUGUCGCCUGCUGCCCAAAUCCCCGACCUAUGGAGGCUAAGCCUGUAGCUCGAAAGGCCCUCCUUAUCGGGAUCAGCUAUGCUUCGGAAGUAUAUAGGUCGAAGCCAGAGAGCCAGAUGCCGGGCGCCCUCGCUGACGUUAAGGAAAUGUAUGACAUUCUCAUCGAUAAACCCCGCCAUUUAUGGCCUACCAAGGCCAACAUUGAAAGAGCAAUCAGUGAUUUCGUAGGCGGGACCUCGUCCGGCGAUAUCUGUUUUCUAUUCUAUGCCGGGCACGGACACCAGAUCUACAACCCCUCCAGCCCGGAAACGGACAAGCGUGACAAGCACAUUGUGCCUUGUGACGCCAUCGAUCCUGAUGUGAUGCCUCUUGUAGCCGUGGAUGCGAAACUGACCGCGGUCUUCGACUGCUGUCACAGCGGUACAGUUCUCGAUCUCUUACACUAUCGCUGUAACGAUAUCACAGCCUGGAAAAGGACUGUCUUCUCAAAGACGUCUGUCAACUUGAGCCUGAUCGUCCCUUGCACGCUCAACUCGUUCGCGCCCGGUAUCACCUCAAACUGGGACCCGUGCAUUAGGGACUGCGAAGGGUUUUGCUUGCUCCCAAAGCGUAGAGGCUCCGGAUACGUCAUCUGCAUCUCGGCUUGUUUGGACGAAGAGCUCGCUUGGGGCGGCAACAAGGGAGGGUCGCUGACGAGGGCUCUGAUCCAAGCACUACAUCAAGACCACCAUCCGACACUCAAAGAGCUGAAUAUUUUCAUAGGCGCUAGAGUCAAAGUGUACGUCAACGCGAUAAUAAAGAAACGGAGGGGCAAGGAUGCGAAGGAAAGCCUUCCAAAGAUUGCUCAACAUCCUCAAGUGAGUCACCACUUUACCCGGCUUUGUCCUUUCAUUCAUUUGAUCGCAGUUCUCUAGCCUUUGGCCCUUGGUAUGUCAAAUUUCAUAGGCUGAGCUCUUACGUUGUUGCUGAAUGUUUCUAUGCAAGGACAUGAACGAACAACGUUUUCUGCUU